UUGAUCGUUUCCUCCGAUUUUUAUAUUCUCUUUCUUAAGAAAACGCAUCCACUUCGUCUUCCACGUGGAUUUCUGCCAAGCUAAGACUGUGUCACUUGCACACAACGACCAUCCAGAUCAGUGAUAAUAUACCCCCAAGCGUUCGAAAAAUCCGUCCAGAUUUCUAUUCCUUUCUUUCGCUUCUUUUCUUGUUCCUUUUUUUUCCCCCCUUCAGAUUUUCUUUUUCGAAUUUGUGAAGAUUUACUGAUUUAAUGAUGGUCACGCCAAGAUUGGAUCACGAUUUGCUUGCUUAAGUAUAGCUGUUACCGAUUGCUCUGUGUCGGUGUCAAACAUUGGAGGGAGAUUUUGAUGAAUCCUUUCUCUUCUUGAAACUCAGUUGAAGUUAUUUACUGGACUGUUGGAUUGUUCAAUUUCAAAGUUGCUUUUUGUUUCUGUGAGCAUGGCGAGGAGGCAAGACCAAUUAGAGAUCAAGUUUCGGCUGAACGAUGGUUCUGAUAUUGGCCCUAGAAGUUUUCCGGCUGCCACAAGUAUUGCUACCUUGAAGGAGAGUAUUCUUGCUCAGUGGCCAAAUGACAAGGAGAAUGGUCCAAGGACUGUAAAAGAUGUGAAGUUAAUUAGUGCCGGAAAAAUACUGGAAAACAACAGAACGGUGGGGGAAUGCCAGAGUCCAUUAUGUGAUAUCCCAGGUGGAGUUACAACAAUGCAUGUGGUCGUGCAGCCUCCUUCUGGGGAUAAAGAGAAGAAACCAAGAAGGGAGCCAAAGCCGAACAAGUGUGGUUGUGUAAUAUUAUAGCACUCCCGGCUGAAGAGAUCAAAGAUGACAUCGUUCCUAGGUAAAGAGAAAUUGGCCUGGUGAAGAUUGUGAUGCUAGUUAUGUGGUGGUGGUGGUUUCCUCUACGACAGUAAAUCCUGUACACAAUUUUCAUAGGUGAUGUUUUCCUUGGUGGUGUUUCAUUGUUGGGUUGGCAUAAUUGUUUGUUGAAAUGAAAUCAACUAUAUACGUUGCCUUCAUGCGCCUGAUUAUAUAUAUAUAUAAAUUCUUCUCAUGCCUAAA